AUGUUUAGUAAAUUAAAACUGAAGGUGUCUGGUUCAAAUUCAAAUACGCCAUCGACUUCGGAAACUUCAUCACUCAAAGCCACUUCGUCACCUGAAUCAUCAUCUAGUGCCACCACCAAUGGCACAUUAACUCCCAACAACAAUAGUGGUAAAUCAAAAUCAAAAGAUCUGGUCAAUCUUGGUCCACCACGAUAUAUACCUUUUGAAGCGCCAUCUUCAGAGUCACAUAUUCCUAAAGAACAUAAACUAACUGAUGAUGAAAAGGCAAAAUACAUUAAAGUAUUGAAACAUUUCCAAAAUCCUGAUUUAGUCAUUGCUGAUUCUGAAGAGCAGCACAAGCAUAAAAACACCUCUAAUGCAUCUGCAUUAUCAAUUGAUGAAAAAUCGUGGUUAACAAGGGAAUGUUUUUUGAGGUACUUGAGAGCGACUAAAUGGCACGUAGAUGAAGCUAUAGACCGAAUUGAAAUGACAUUGGCAUGGAGAAGAGAAUUUGGUAUUAAUCACAUUUUGGAAAAAGAUAAUGUUGUUAAUGGUGAAUUAACUAGUCCUGAAAAUGAAACUGGUAAAGAAGUAAUAUUGGGAUACGAUAAUGAUUCAAGACCUUGCUUAUAUUUGAAACCAGGUCGUCAAAAUACAAAGACCAGUCAACGCCAAGUACAACAUUUAGUUUACAUGUUGGAAAAAGUUAUUGAUUAUAUGCCAUCAGGACAAGAUUCAUUAGCUUUAUUAAUUGAUUUCAAAGCCCAUCCUGUGGGUACACAAGGUGGUAAAAUCCCACCUGUUGGAGUUGGAAGACAAGUUUUGCAUAUUUUACAAACCCAUUACCCUGAAAGGUUGGGUAAGGCUCUAUUAACAAAUAUUCCAUGGUUAGGAUGGACAUUUCUCAAGAUUAUUCACCCAUUUAUUGAUCCAUUAACAAGAGAAAAAUUGGUUUUUGAUCAACCAUUUGUCAACUAUGUUCCAAAAUCACAAUUGGAUAAAGAUUUUCUGGGUGAUGUCAAUUUUAUUUACGAACAUGAUAAAUAUUGGCCCAAAAUGAUUGAAAUUGCCGAAGUUAAAAAGCAAAAAUAUUUUGAACGAUUCGAAAAAUUUGGUGCUUGUGUUGGGUUAAGUGAAGUUGAUUUAAGAGGUGACAAUGAAGAAUUAGUACAUCCAGUGGAAGCUAUAUAG